UAAGCUUCCCGGCCUUCUCUAUUCGAGUUUGGGACAACAGAGGGAAGAGUUAGAACUAAGAAGAGGUCAGCCUCGAAGCCAUGUCGGUGAUGCAGCUUCAACAGCAAACCUUUAUUCAUGGUUUCUAUAACUUCUCUACUGCAACUCCAUUCAAAAGACGAGGGAGAGCACAAAUUAACGGCUCUCUGCGAACAGAAGCGCUUCCUUCUAGAACCCAAAGGAUAAUGGAGAGCAUUUCAGUAAGUGGUGAAGUGGGUGGUGCUGGUGGUGCAUCUUCAUAUAAUGCUUUAAAGAAGUUGGACCAAUUAUGGUCUAAUAUUUGCUCUUCACCAACAGUUUUGCAAGAACAACGAGAAGUGGUUUCCUGUAUUCCUGGUUUGUUCAGCCAAUCUGAUCUGGCUGAUAGAGCAGUAGAUGCAUUUGAUGUACUAAUCUGUGGCGGUACUUUGGGUAUAUUCCUUGCUACAGCAUUGAGCUCAAAAGGCCUUCGAGUAGGCAUAAUCGAAAGGAAUCUGCUAAAGGGGAGAGAACAAGAGUGGAAUAUCUCGCGGAAAGAGCUCAUGGAACUUGUUGAGGUUGGCAUUCUAACAGAAGAUGAUAUUGAACAAGUUACAGCGGUGAAGUUUAAUCCUAAUAGAUGUGGAUUCGAGGGAAAGGGCGAGAUUUGGGUUGAGGACAUUCUUAACCUUGGUGUUUCGCCAUCUAAGUUGAUAGAGCUUAUGAAGACACGCUUUACUUCCCUUGGUGGAGUCAUCUUUGAGGGCGAUAGCGUUUCAAGCAUAUCCAUAUAUGACGAUGCAGCGGUUUUGCAAUUUACAGAGGGCAACAUUUUAAUAUCAGAUCUCGUUAUUGAUGCAAUGGGAAAUUUCUCACCUGUUGUUAAACAGAUCAGAUCAGGAAGGAAGCCAGAAGGUGUUUGCCUUGUUGUUGGUUCUUGUUCUCGUGGUUUUAGGGAGAAUUUUAUGGGUGAUGUCAUUUUUAGUAGUUCAUCGGUGAAAAAGGUUGGAGAUUCAGAUGUACAUUAUUUUUGGGAGGCAUUUCCUGCUGGCUCUGGUCCCACGGAUCGAACUACCUAUAUGUUUACUUAUCUUGAUCCCCAACCAGGAUGCCCAAAAUUAGAAGAUUUAUUAGAAGAUUACUGGGAUCUAAUGCCAGCUUAUCAGGGAGUUUCACUUGACGAUUUGGAUAUAUUGAGAGUUCUCUUUGGCAUUUUCCCUACGUAUCGUGACAGUCCAUUGCCAGCUUCUUUUAAUCGUAUUCUACAGUUUGGUGAUGCUAGUGGCAUACAAUCACCAGUUUCAUUUGGUGGUUUCGGGAGCUUGACUCGGCACCUUGGCAGACUCUCAACUGGGAUAUAUGAAGCAAUUAGUAACAAUUUUCUGGACUCUGACAGCCUGUCCCUGCUGAAUCCCUAUUUGCCCAACUUAAGAGCAUCAUGGCUGUUUCAACGAGCAAUGUCAGCAAGGCAACAGGCUUAUGUUUCAUCAGAUUUCAUUAAUGAGCUUCUUUUUGUUAAUUUCCAGUGUAUGCAGAGGCUAGGGGACCCGGUAUUAAGACCGUUUCUUCAGGAUGUAAUACAAUUUGGGCCUCUAGUAAAGACAUUGGGUUUGGUUAUGGUAACCAAGCCUCAAAUCAUUCCAUCAAUAUUCAAACAGGUGGGAAUUGCAGUGCUUUUGGACUGGUCGGGACAUUUUGUCAUGCUGGGUUACUACACGUUUCUCUCUACCUUCAUUGACCCUGUUAUAAGGUCCCGGAUAAAUGCAUUUCCAGACAAGAUGAAGUACGAAUGGAAUAGACGUCUUGAUGCUUGGAAGUAUGGAUCUGGUUUAGAUUACAAACUAUAAGGUUAACAAUGUUAGAGAGAGAGAGAGAGAGAGAU